AUGCAAUAUCGUCUCUCAGAAAUCGACCUGGGACAACAGGCGCUUCAUGGAUUAGUUCGGUACAUUGGAGAUGAGAUGUUGGCCAGUCGAGAGGAAGUUCUCUCCCAAAUGCAUAAAUACAGGCAACAGAUUGCGAAGUUACUUCCUGAAGUUAGUGGUGAUCAACUAGACGCUAUCUUAGAGAUUGGAGACCCUGGAGCACUUGGAACUGUUCUAUGGUUGCUCAAGAAUGAUACAUCGGUCACUAUGCGCGCUUCUUUCAUUUUGCCCUCGGUUCUUCUUCUUUUUCUACUUCUUCUGAUGCCACCGAGGCAAACUCUAAAACUGGCCACUUUCAACAUACAAGUUUUUGGAGCCUCAAAAUCGAGGAAGUCGGAUGUUAUGCUUAUUCUAGCAGAAGAAAUCAGGGAGAAGAGUGGAAGCGCAUUUCAAAAAUUGUUGAAUAUGGUCAAUGCACUCUGUGGGCCAAGGGAGAUUAUAUUAAAUGAAUUAAUCGGAAUAACGAGUGAUCUGUUUGAAAGGCCACCAGAUUGCUUCGUGAUUACACCUCAACAAUCACAGAUAAGGAUGGUCGUGAUGGCCGCGCAUUUGGAUCCAGAUCACGUAGUUCGUGAAAUGGAAGGUCUAUACGACCUUGCACCUCAAUGCAAAGAGUUAGGCCAAACAGAGAAUUUGAUAAUUUUGGGAGAUAUGAAUGCGGAUUGCAACUACUUAUCAAGAAAAAGGCGGGAAUCACUGCGUUUGAAGUCAGAUCCUGCUUAUAAAUGGCUCGUUCCUGACGAAGAGGAUACUACAGUGGCUUCUUCAUCUUGCGCAUAUGAUAGGAUAAUUGUUACUGGCAAACAAUUGCUCUCCAAAGUGAUCUCCGCAGAAGCCGUGAAUUUUGAAGAAGAAUUAGGUCUCAGUAGGGCAAAGGCCCAAGAAGUUAGUGAUCAUUAUCCUGUUGAGAUGAUACUUAGAUAA